CCCUCCCAAAUCCUCUUCCUCUUCCUCUUCCUUUUCCUCUUCCACUCUCUCUUCUUCGCCCUCGCUUCCUCUACCUCUUCCUCCUCCCCCUCGAACAGCCGUCAACAUGGCGCUCAUCGAAACAAGCUUGAUCUGGGUGGCCUACGCCGUGUGCCUCGCCAUCAUCUUCUUCAUCUCCGCCAUCUUCGUCUACGUCUACCAGAAGCCAGGCGAGCGUACCGUCGCCGUCACGCUCAUAUGCCAAAUCACCAUCCUCGCCCUCCUCGCCACGGUCUUGCUGAUGCCAGUGGACGUAGCACUGGUCUCUUCCACAACGAGCAGGAAACUGGGCAGGAAGAAGGACUGGGCUACCCCCGAUAAGGUGGAUGAUACGCUGUACACCCUCAAGAUCGUAUACUACACGCUGUACAGUCUGGACGCUGUUCUGUGUCUGCUAGUCGUCCCUUUUACCUACUUCUACUACGAAGAGUAUGAUGAAGUCGCAACCGAAGAGGGACAGCAGACCAUCGGUUCGAGACUAUGGGCUGCUUUCAAGUGGACAAUCGCAUUCAUCGUCUUUUGCGUGAUCCUGUUCCUCGUGGGCUUCUUUGUACCAGUCACCAAGAAGGCGCGAGAUGAUCACAAGGAUCUGGACUUCUUCCGAGACCUACUUACUGAAAACCACGGCGAACGAGCUUUGACCUUUGCCAUUGGCGUACUCAUCCUAAUCGGCACCAUCCUCUACUGCUUGUACACUGCACCGGGCUUGGCUCUGCUCCCAGUCUCGCUCAUCAAAUCCGCACCAAGCAUCUCAACGCCGCAACUUGCCGAAACAACUGAGAGCCAGCUUGCACAGAAUCGUGAGAGGCAGCGCCAGCUCGAGGGACGGAGCGAGGGCCGAGAGGGCGGUCUGGACGGCCGCGACCGACGCGAACUCGAGGCUCUGAACCGCGAAGAGCGCACAUUGAUUCGCCGCCAACGCCUCGCAGAAGAGAAUGCUGGAACUGAUCGGAACUGGAUCGUCAAGGUGUGGUUGAAGAUGGAAGCUGUCUUCCGCCCGCUUAAGCUCCUCUUUGGGCUCCUACUGGUCGUCGUCGCUCUGGUCAUUUUCGCCAGCAUGCUGAUCACCAUGGUGGACAAGAUCAAGAACUCUGUCUGUGGUGUCUCGUGUGCUUACCUUCUAGGCAAGACGAAGAUCUUUCAGCCGAUCAAUGCCCUCCUCCGCGAGACGUCCAAAAUCUUCCCGAUCGACUAUGUCAUCUUUCUCUUAUUGACAGUGCUCUUCUUCUGCGCCUCGGUGGUCGGUCUCGCUACCAUUGGCAUCCGAUUUCUCUGGGUGAUGCUCUUCCGCAUUCGCAAGGGCCACACCACGCCGAACGCCAUGCUCAUGGCCACGGUCAUGCUCACACUCAUGACCUUCGCCCUGAACUACAGCCUGGCCAUGAUCGUUGCACCACAGUACGUCACGUUUGGUGCUCAAACAUACUGUGACAGACCCACCGGAAACCCGGAACAGCAACCAGACUGCAGCCAGCAUCACAGUGCUAUCAAGCCUUGCUCAGAGAGAUCAGACAACCCCGUGGCGAAGAUGGUCUGCACACCUUCGGUAGUUUCGACAUUCCUCAACAGAAUUACAGCCAACUUUCCCUACCUUGGCGUGGUGGAUUUCUACGCCCAGUUCGCUUUCCUGGGCAUCUUCAUCAUUGUCUUCUUGGUCACACUAUUCCGUGUGCCCAAGCUUGACGAAGAACAAAUGGACGAGGAUCUUCAAGAGGCAGAAGAAGAAGGUCUGCUAGCCUCGACCGGUAGACGCUUUGGAGCAACAUGGCAGGAUAUUACCGGACGCUCCAAGGGCGUAAAGAGGUCGAAUUAUGGUGCUUUGUCAGGUGGGGUUGCGAACGGCGAUGACUGAGUCUGAGUGUACGAGCAUCGGGAGAACAGGACAGGACAAAAUGUGAGGAAUGUACUGAACUCACGGCCCAAGAAUGAUUCGGUGUAUAUGAAAGGUGAUGUGUUUUUGUCUCCUUGGAUACCCUUCUAGCAUCUAUUUCAGUCUGGCAAACAGUUUACGCACAUCGACAGACACCAUGUUAUUCCCAUUAAAACGCUUCUAUUCGGAAAGCUUAUCUCGUCCAUCGCUCGUUCACUGGCCCGACUUAAAGAGAAAGUCGAAAUACUGCGCAUCUGUCAUUCCUUCUCGCAGGAGCGAAGGGUUUUCAAUCGCGAACUUAUCUUUUACAUCCCGAGCUUUUCCUCCAUGCUCCAAGGCGAAACGAAGAAAAUUCUCUCCACGUCUUGAUGACGAUACUUUGAGAUCUGUAAGGUCUAGGAUUCGA